AUGCGUAGGCUUCGCCGUAUCCGCUUUUACAAUGCCUCGCGACAAUGCAUCUGCGACCGCAUUAGCCGUUCCUUUGAUGUACUCGAUCACUACAUCAUACCUCUGAAUCUCGAGCGCACAACGCAGAAUACGCGGGGACACAUUUGCGCGCUUGAAUGUCUUCAACGGUGCGUGAUCCGUUCGGACCACUGUCCGUACACCAUAGACGAAGUAGUGUGAGUAGAACUUCUUAAGAGCAUACAUAACGGCUAGUGCUUCCUGAUCCGUGAUAUGAUAGUUCCUUUCAGCGCUCGAAAACGGUUUCGACGCGAAGUGAAGCGGAUGCAAAUAUCUAUCAUCACUUUCUUGCGCCAAGACUGCUCCUACUCCUACACUACUCGCGUCCGUGUAGAUGUAGAAUGGUCGCUGACCAUUCCUAGCCUUCUCAAUAUCCGGCUGUGCUAGCACCGGAGCUUCUGAAAGAACUUUCUUGAGGUCUUCGAACGCCCGUUCUUGCGCAUCUUCCCAGACAAACGCCUUCUUGAUGCUCGUAAGGUCGUAUAAAGGCUUGGUUAUACGCGCGAAAUUCAGUACGAAUUUCGGUGACUGGCUAUCCUCUAUGACUUCUCUCUUUUUCAAAUCCUUCAACAUGCGGUCCACUUCCACUCGCAUAGCAUAAGGAACUGGUCGUGUGCGUUGACGAAUAGGUGCGGCAUCGCCCUCUUUGACUGGGGACGUCACUAGCAAAACACUAGCUGCACCCGGAGGGAUCACGUAGCGUCCCGACACUCUUGCCGUUUUGCCCAUCGCCUUGUCCUCAUCUUGCGGUUCAACUCGUGACAGCCUUAUAUCCACACCAUCGAGGUCGACACCUUUGUUUUGAGCUCGCUUCAGAAGCCCCAUCGGCACUACUGAGAUAACGGACCCUGUAUCGAUCAACGCCUUCGCAAUGAUUCCAAAGAUCGUAACGUUGCAGAUGUAUGGCUUUCCAUACGCUUCCGUCAUGCCAUUUGUCCGUGCUUCUGUGCGCACUUCGCAGCACCACUACUUGACAAAGGUUGAAAACGCUCCAUCUUUCACUUUGCUGGGCGCCUGACCUGGUCCUGGCUGUUUGCGCUGCUUCACGUCCUUCGCAGCCUGCUUUGGACAUUUUUUCACAACAUGUCCCUCUUCACCACAGCCAUAACACUUGGUCCUACCGCCCCUACUGUGUGCACCCGCACGCUCCGCUUGCUCCUUCUGGUUGGGACUCCGACUACCCUUCCUCGGGAUCUGUUUCCCACCAGGUCGCGGUUGUUGAGUGCGCUCCAGUAGUAACGCUGCCUUUCUCACAGCUUGGUAGACUUCACCGUCUGCCCUGUCAAGCUCUGUGAGCAUGUGGUAUGCGUCCCUCCAACCUGCCAGACACUGGUAAAGCUUACUGCCGAGAAGAAAGUCUCGGUCCGCUUCAGCAUGCAACUUCCCCUGCUGUGCGCGAGGGAAGAUACUGUCGACGAUCUUCGCGAUUGCCCUUCCGAGAUCGAUUUCGGGGGCGGUGGAUGCCCAUCUCUGCUCUUUGAUGAUCCGUGCAAACUGCCUAGAGGUGUGCCCUGCAGCCGCUUGCGUGUGCGACGUACUCGCAUGCUGUGGGCCAACGCCUCUGUCCACUUCGGUAAGGUCACCCUCGCUGCACUGUAGUAUUCCAGUCAACUCUCUUAGAACUUCAGCUUGGCCACUCUCUCUAACUGUAAUUACUUUCAGCUCCUCAAGCGGCAAAGCAAGCUUCUCUAAAAACUCAUCUGCUUCAGACUUCGUCGUCAGCAGAGAGCUCUUGGCGGCUGAGAUGUUACGUAUCUUCGCCUUUAUGGCGGCUUCACAAGUGGGAGCAAUCCGCCCCAGCAACCCACGCCAUUCUUCGGUAUCACCAACCUGAUCAAUAUCCAUCUGCUGUUCGUCUUCGACGGUUACUUGGUCCAACUGGGCAUUCACUGUAUCAACACUUGGCGAUCGGCUAAGUUGCUCACUUGCCAUCAACGCCUUCCUGAAAAUAUCCACAUGAGACGGAGGGUCGGCUUGGCCCCCAUGUUGGGGUACGCUACCCUCCUCGUCGGCUUGCGCCGACGGUACCGGUAG